AUGCACAGGAAAAAAUUUAAUCGAGAAAAGCAGAAACUUCAGUUGCUACAAAGAAGUGGUGCUGGUUCAUCAUUUACGACACCGUGGCCGUUAAUGUCAUUUUUUGAAUUUAUGUUUGAUCAGAAGACACCUAGAGAAACUAGUAGCAGUGUUAUUUUAGAGAGAAAUAAUAUAUAUUCACCUUCGUCAAUUAUGGAGGCAGAAGUAGUUCCUGAACCUUCAUUAGAUCAAUCUAGUCUGACCAACCUAGAAUUUGAUAGUCAAAUUAAUCAAUUUAAUUUAAUUAAUGACCAUCAAGAGGCAUCUGCUACUCCACCUGUAGUGAACCUUAAUCGUAAUUUAGAAAUACCAAGGGAAAUGCCCUUUACUCCUAUUAGUGCUCCAAUUCCUGGGCUCAAUGUACCAAUUGUUUGGGUUUUGGGAGGACCAGGUUCUGGAAAGGGUACUCAAUGUGAAAAAAUAGUAGAAAGAUAUGAACUCACUCACUUAUCCACCGGUGAUUUACUUCGAGCUGAGGUAGAAAGCGGUUCGGAGCUAGGAGUAGAACUUCAAGAGGCAAUGAAAAAAGGCGAGCUAGUUUCAAACGAAACAGUUUUAUCUAUCCUAAGAGAAGCCAUGGUGAGAGCUCUUCCCACUGCCAAAGGAUUCUUGAUUGACGGCUAUCCAAGGGAGAAGCAGCAGGGCAUAGAUUUCGAAAAUAACGUCGGCCCUCUGACCAUAGCUGUAUAUUUCGAAGCCUCCGAUCAGAUAUUGAUAGAAAGGUUGCUAGAGCGAGGGCUGACAUCAGGAAGAGCUGAUGACAACAUUAAAACCAUUAAACAAAGACUACAAACAUUCAAAACGCAUAAUGAUGCUAUUUUGGCACAAUGGGGCGACAAAAUAAAAAGGGUUGACGCUGAGAGAACAACACAAAAAAUUUUCGAAGAUGUCAUGGCCAUAUUGGACCCAGUGCUGCCCUAAACAGAUGAACCAACGUUUUACAUACGGUCUAAAUAUAAUUAGGGAAAACACAAAUGACACCAAAUUUUACUUUAGGAAAUACUUUUAUUAUUAAUUUAUUUAUUGCAAUAUAUAUUUUCACUCUUUAAUUAUUUGAUUUACCAAAAAUAGAACCCUUACUACAUCGUUCCAUUUUAAUCAUUAUAAAAUCCUAU